GCAUUUUAGCCCGUUUAGUGUUUCUUGAAAUGGGGUCCAGCAGAACUAUACGAACACAUUUAAAACAGGAAUGCUCAUCUGCCUAGAAAAGAAAAGAAACCAUAUCUCCUUUGUUUUACGGUUUUAGAAUGCUUUCAAUGUUUAAAUCCAUUCCGACCCAUAUGGACUAUAAAGGACAGAAACUUGCAGAGCAAAUUUUCCAAGGAAUCAUUCUAGUGUCAGCAGUGAUUGGAUUCAUCUAUGGCUUAUUUAUUCAUCAGUUCGGGUGGACGGUUUACAUAAUGUUGGCUGGAUUCGCAGUAUCCUGUUUGCUCACUCUGCCUCCCUGGCCGAUGUACAGGAGAAAUCCUCUCCGCUGGCAGCCAGCCAUACCUGAGACAUCUGGAGAGAACCGUGACAAACCUCAAGAGAACCUAAAGAAGAAAAAGCACAAGUGAUUCACAGCAGUAUUUAAUUUGGAUUUGGCACAGCAAACCAUUAUGGAUAUACAGCAGAAACACACAAAACCUACAUGAAAAUUUGUCAUUGUUCGAACAUUUCCAAUACGUAAUAAAGAUGUCCAUUUUUUUUUUUUUUUGUGAUUGGUACAUUGUGUGG